AUGGAAACCCCACGCUCCGACUCGCCUCCUUUCGGAGUUCCCGCGGCAGAACUGGAUGACCACCGCCUGCAAGCACACUCCCUUCCACGCUCGAACACGAUAAGCAGAAGUGUUGAGGAUAUUCGUGAUCGUCCCGAUAUUGCAAUCAUAAUUGGAGAUGGCCAUAGCCCUAUCCACAGGGACUACGAACACGCAAUUAUCGAUGACGAUGCCCAGGACAACUUGUCACCCCGUUCUUCCGACCCUAAUAACGAUACAAGUCGAUAUAGCGUUCGCUAUCCGUCGCGCGCUUCUUCCCGCUCACCAUCCCCCCCAAAUUCAGUUAAUGCAUUCGCGAAUCCUGAACAUCGCCGUCGUCAAGAAAGGUCUGCAACGAUCACCAGCCAAGCUCCUUCGGAGCUUGUAUUGGGACUUAGGCGGACGAUGUCCCGUCGCCCAACUUUCACCAAUCAGGAUGAAGGAUCCGUUGUCAAUUCCGGCGAUGAGGCUUCACAGAAAGCGGAGGAGGAUGUCUGCUUCCCCCCACCUGAAGAGACCAGGGUCCGGGGUGGUAUUGAUUUUGAGGAAAUGGAUGAAUUUGUGGCUAACCAAAACCGAGGGAGGCCCCAAACCAAGAGGAGAAAGAUGAGCAGCUGUUCCUCCCUGAAGGCGGAGAGAUACUUUGAGGGUUUCAAAACCAAAUUGACGCCCACCAACACAAACGUCCCGGUUCAGGUGUCCAAGGAUAACGAUGUGUGUUCGGUUAUUGGUGAGAAGGUCGAUCUUUUGACACCAGGGUCUCGCAAUCAGCGAAUGAGCAACCCUGAUCGCUUCAGCUUCUUCUCCUCGGAAAUGGAUUCUACAAUCCAUGCUCCUGAAAUCGGCGACCUUCUCUGCGACGGCGAGAACUUCCAUGACCUUUUCCGGGGUGGCCAGGGUGUUUGGUGGCUCGAUUGCUUCAACCCCAACACCGAGGAAUUGAGCAUGCUCAUGAAGGCAUUCGCGAUUCACCCUUUGACGGCCGAGGAUAUCCGUGUCCAGGAGACCCGCGAGAAGGUCGAGCUCUUCCACUCUUACUACUUUGUGUGUUUCCGGUCUUUUAUCCAGGAUAGGGAAUCCCCGGACUUUAUGGAACCUGUCAAUAUCUAUAUCAUCGUGUUCCGUGAAGGAGUACUGAGCUUCCACUUCAACCCAUGCAAGCACAGUGCUCAAGUGCGCAAGCGUAUACGACAACUGAGGGAUUAUGUAGCUUUGUCAUCUGACUGGAUCUGCUACGCCUUGAUUGACGAUAUCACUGAUUCAUUCGGUCCAUCCAUCCACGACAUUGAGAAAGAGUCUGAUGCCAUUGAGGAUGCUGUAUUUAUUGCACGGACGGAUGACUACACUGAGCUCCUCAAGCAGAUCGGCGAAUGUCGCAAGAAGUGUAUGGGUCUCAUGAGACUAUUAGGGGGCAAGGCCGACGUCAUCAAGGGUUUUGCAAAAAGAUGUAACGAACAAUACCAGGUUACACCUCGUGGCGAGAUCGGUCUCUAUCUUGGUGAUAUCCAAGAUCAUGUUAUCACUAUGAUGAGCAAUCUUUCCCAUUUCGAGAAGAUGCUGUCUCGGUCACACUCCAACUACCUUGCUCAGCUCUCGGUCGACUCAGUCAUGGCCAGUAGCCGUGCCAACGAAGUUCUAGGGAAGAUCACCACUAUUGCGACUAUUCUCGUUCCACUGAACUUGAUUUGUGGUCUGUUCGGAAUGAACGUUCAUGUUCCCGGCCAACAUGAGGAGGAUAGUUAUUACUGGUUCUUUGGAAUACUCGGUGUGAUUUUCACUUUUGUGAUGGUUUCAUUUUUUCUUGCAAAGAGGUGGAGAUUUAUCUAA